AUGCCCCCCGCUUACAAGCAGUUAUCUACCCACGACCCGGAGGAGGUCUCGGUCGACCCAACCUCCUCCCCAACCUCCCGGCUUACGAGCAGACUCUCUUUCACAGCCGUCGCCAGACUUAUCGCCGUCAUGGUCCUCGCCUACGCUGGUGUCAGAUUCCUCACUAGAGCCGCGCUGAAGCUGCGAGCCCCGUGCCACAGCGGGCUCCAGCGCAACCUCUCGUCUCUACCCACCCACUACACUCUGCCGUCUGGAGACAAGAUUCCGUCGGUCGCCUUGGGUGUCUGGCAGGCGAGCAGAGGCGAGGUGGGGGCUGCUGUGACGACCGCGCUCCAGGCCGGCUACCGUCACAUCGACGGGGCGUGGAUCUACCGGAACGAGGAGGAAGUCGGCCAGGCGAUCAGGGAAAGCGGCGUCUCGCGCGAGGAGCUCUGGAUCACGUCCAAGCUCUGGAACACGUUCCACGCGCCGGAAGAUGUCGAGUCGGCGUUGGACGACUCCCUGAAGAAGCUGGACACGCAAUACCUCGACCUGUACCUCAUGCACUGGCCUGUCGCUUUCAAAAAGGACACGACGGAAGUCGAUAAGGAACUCACCGCCAACCCCUACCCGACAUGGCAGAAGCUCGAGGAGCUGGUGGAGAAGGGCAAAGUCCGCAACAUCGGCGUCAGCAACUUCAACAUCGCAAGGAUCCAAAAUCUGACCGCAAACCCGCUCAAGGUGCAGCCGGCGGUGAACCAGGUCGAGCUGAGCUACUGGAACCCGCAGCCGGAGCUCCUGGCGUGGGCGAAAGAAAACGGCCUGCUCCUCGAGGCGUACUCGCCGCUGGGCAGCAACAAGCAGGUCAAGGAGUCCCUCGAGGCGCCCGCCGUGCAGACGAUCGCGAAGCAGCUCGGUAUCACGCCUGCGCAAGUCAUCAUCUCGUGGCACGUCCAGCGCGGGACUAUCGUGCUCCCGAAGAGCGUCACGCCGUCGCGCGUCGAGGAGAACUAUCACAUUUUCGCGCUGCCUGAAGACCUGUUUGAGCAGCUGGAGACGGCGGCGACGUCGCACCCGCCUCUGCGUGUCGUGAAUCCGUCCAAGUCGUGGGGACUCGGCUAUGAUGUCUUUGACGACUAUCCGCAGUAG